AUGACAACACAGAACCAGCUUCAAAGAUUAUCAUUAGAUAAAAACGUAUUCUGGACAGGAACACUUCAAAUCAAUGAUAUGGGUGGUCAUGUUUUCUUCGAUGUUAGAGUUAAAAAAGCUGUUCCCGAUGCACCAGCGAUGAUUGGUUUGUAUACUAACGAUAUUCCACCAUUCCCACUCUCAUCAACAGAUACACUUAACAUUGCUUUCACUCUCGAGGUCAAUGAAGGCUAUUCUGCUGUAAGAACAGAAAUUGUUAAAGCAUCUCUUCUCGGAUCAGAACUACAUCAGGCCAUUGAAGCUCAAAAUCCAAAGGGCUCAAUCAAUUUCGUUAAUGAAACAGGCGAAUGGCAGUUCGAUUGCCUUGAUGGAAUUUGGUGCCUCAAGUGGGUAGUUAUUUAUGCACCAACAGCUAAUGUUAAGGAGAUUUGUCGUGAUAUAUAA